CACAGCAGAAAAACAUCACACCGAAAAGUCCCGAGCCUUCUCCUCCUUCUCCCUCUUUCCCCUUCUCCACGCUUCGCCGCUUGCCGAAUAUUUAAACCUCCAUCUGACCAGCUCGCCCGUCGGCUUACCUUUCCGGCGAGAGGAAACGGUUUUCUUAACGCGCGACCGAGACCAGACCACCCACCGACUCCGCCAGCUUUCCAGCGCCGGGAGCUCUCCGAUGGCGUCCCACAUCAUUCUCCCCAAGGAGGAGGAGGAGGAGGAGGAGGUGGAGGAGGGGCUUGGCGUGGCGGUGGAGGCGGACCACGACUCGCCGGAGCCGCCGCGGUACCGGCACUUGCAGCCGGCCCAGAAGGCGCUCCCCUUCUCGGCCACGUGCGUGCGGAUCUCCCGUGACUCCUACCCCAACCUCCGCGCCCUCCGCAACGCCUCCGCCACGACCCUCCGCGACGACGACGCCGCCUUCGCCAAGCUCGACGAGGGCGACUACGGCUACGUCCUCGACGACGUCCAGCACCUCACGGAUUACCUCCCCGAACUCCCCACUUUUCCUAACCCAUUGCAAGAUCACCCUGCCUAUUCAACUGUCAAGCAAUAUUUUGUCAAUGCAGAUGAUACUGUACCUGAAAAGGUGGUUGUUCAGAAGAACAGUCCACGUGGUGUUCACUUCCGUCGUGCCGGGCCACGCCAGAGGGUCUACUUCGAGCCAGAAGAUGUGAAAGCAUGCAUUGUGACGUGUGGUGGCCUUUGCCCUGGGCUCAAUACUGUCAUUAGAGAGUUGGUGUGUGGCUUAUCCCACAUGUACAAUGUCAACGAUGUCUUCGGAAUACAGAAUGGAUACAAAGGCUUCUAUUCGAGCAAUUAUCUUCCCAUGACACCAAAAAGUGUCAAUGAUAUCCACAAAAGGGGUGGUACAGUUCUUGGAAGUUCACGUGGUGGUCAUGAUACCCAUAAGAUUGUCGACAACAUUCAAGAUCGUGGAAUUAAUCAGGUUUACAUUAUUGGAGGAGAUGGAACUCAGAAGGGAGCAUAUGAGAUAUUCAAGGAAAUCCGGAGACGUGGUCUUAAAGUCGCCGUUGCUGGUAUCCCCAAGACUAUUGAUAAUGAUAUAGCGGUUAUAGACAAGUCCUUUGGUUUUGACACUGCUGUAGAAGAGGCCCAACGUGCCAUUGAUGCCGCUCAUGUGGAAGCUUCAAGUGCUGAGAAUGGAAUAGGCUUGGUGAAACUGAUGGGUCGCUAUAGUGGGUUUAUUGCAAUGUAUGCUACGCUGGCAAGCAGAGAUGUGGACUGCUGCUUAAUUCCUGAAUCUCCGUUUUAUUUGGAGGGGGAGGGUGGACUCUUUGAGUAUAUAGAAAGGAGGCUGAAGGAGAACAACCACAUGGUCAUUGUAGUGGCUGAGGGAGCAGGACAGGACCUUAUUGCCAAAAGUAUACCUGUAGCUGAUCAGCUAGAUGCAUCUGGAAAUAAGCUGCUUCUUGAUGUUGGUCUCUGGUUGACUCACAAGAUUAAGGAUCAUUGCAAGAGCAAAAAGAUGGAGAUGACCAUUAAAUACAUAGAUCCAACCUACAUGAUCCGAGCCAUUCCAAGCAAUGCUUCGGACAAUGUCUACUGCACACUGCUGGCACACAGUGCCAUUCAUGGUGCAAUGGCAGGAUAUAGCUUCACAGUGGGAAUGGUCAACGGCAGGCAUGCAUACAUACCAUUUCAUAGAGUAACAUCAACACGGAACAAGGUCAAGAUCACGGACAGGAUGUGGGCAAGGCUGCUGUCUUCAACAAACCAGCCAAGCUUCCUGAGCAAGGAGGAUAUCAUGGAGGCACGAGAGGCCGAAAGGUUGGCCAAUAGGCUACCUGUGCCUGCGAGCAGCAGCGAGCAUACGAAGAAACACUCUGCGUCGGUACUGUCAAACGCGGGUCUGUAACUUCUCGAUGGUUUCUCCUGUUUGACACCUCUCGUUUUGCAUGCAAGAAGCCUCCGGCGAUGUCCAAGGAGCACCCACGUUGACGUUAUCACAGCUGCAACAGCCUGCCGCCGCCAUUACGGUUCCUGACCGCCGUCAUCCGCGACAGCUGGCACGGCCAGCGUGACAGUAAUCGACUCCGACGACGAUUGCGACGCAACCGGGCCUCCGGAAGGGACGCCGGAACGAGAGACCAGAACAUGGCAAGAGGCCGAGGAAACUGACCGGACACGGGACGAGAGGCCUAAGCAGCCAGAGACGCCGGAGCGUAUGGCGCCGCCGCCAGGAAACGCGUUGCACGCACGUGCUGACGAGGCGGCAGCACAGGCGGCGCAGGACGUAGACGCGUUCAAGCACGACGACGGCUGCACCACGCCGCCGCCACCGCCGGCCCACGGCUCGGAUGACGACCGCGUGGCGGCGAGCACGAGCGGCAAGCGGGCUGGCGUGGCCGCCGCCAGGUUGAGGCUGCUCGCGUUCCGGUCGUUCGCGCGGGGCAAGAAGGGCAACAAGUCUGGGGAUGCGGCGCCACCGGAGGGGCGCGCGCCGUCGCCGGGAGAACACCUGCCGGCGCACGGUAAGGCGUGGGAGGAGGCCGGUGCGGAUGACAAGGACAAGGGCCAGGCGAGGUGGAAAAGGUUUUGGAAGUGAACGUGCCGCGCUGUCUGCCGUCGUGCCGUGCUGUCAGCGUCGCGGUGCGUUUUCAUUGGUUAGUCUCCCAUUGUAAAUAUAAGGGCUUGUGGCAUAUCGCAUUGUUUGUUCAUUCUUUCUCAUGCAGAUAUUUUUUUUCUUCUGCGAAAAGACAAUAUAUGAUGGUUUGGUCUUACAACUUGCAAAA